UAGUAGUGGCAGAACAAGAGCUGGUUAAAGAACAAGAAGCAGAAGAAGUAAGAAAGAAUACUAACUACAUUAGAAGAUUUUAAAUUUCUUGACCGACCAUUUUAAAAAAGAGUGAAUCAGUUCAGCGUCAAAGUAGCCUAGUUGUUGACGUUAUCAUACGUCUUAACCCUUUAAUUUAAUUUAUUUCGUUGAGUUUGCACCAUACAACGUGCCACCGUAUACAGGAAUGUUCAAAUGUCAGCCGACCAGGAAGCACAAACAGAUGAACUGCUGGCUCUAGAGAGCAUAUACGAUGGAGAGGAGUUUCACAGGACAGAAUCAAGACAGAGCGGCAAGAUCAAUCUGUGCCUUGAGCUUCCUCCUAACUUCAGACUGCUAGUCAAGGGGGAGGCAUGCGUAGAGUGUGGAAUAUCUUUUCUCCCCCCUUUGGUUCUGAGUUUUGAGCUUCCUACAGACUACCCUUCAUCAUUGGCUCCAGUCUUCACUUUAAGCUCCAAAUGGCUUUCAAGAGUUCAGAUCACUACACUUUGCAAGAGACUGGAUGAACUUUGGGAGGAGAACAGGGGGACUGUGGUUCUUUUUACCUGGAUCCAGUUUCUAAAGGAAGAAACUCUGGAAUUUCUGAACCUCCAAUCUCCCCUCGAGAUCCAAACCAUUGGUGGGCAGCCUCACUAUGAAUCUGGUCAGACCCAGUCAGACAGCAAAGUGCAAGAGUUGGACCAACGAGCAGUCCAAGAAGUUGACCCUCACACUGAUAUACUAACCCAGCUGCUGGAUUUUAAUGAAGCUCAGAAACAGAAGGUGUUUGAUAGCAAGGUUUUUCGCUGUGGAAUCUGCUUCUCUGAGAAUCUGGGUUCAAACUCUUUGCUCUUCAAGGAGUGUCAGCAUGUGUACUGCAAGACAUGUUUGAAGGAAUACUUUCAGAUCCAGAUUAGAGAUGGCAAAGUCCAGUCCCUUACCUGUCCUGAGCCAGAGUGUAUGUCCUUGGCUUCUCCUGCACAGGUGAAACUUCUGGUGGGUGAAGAGGAAUUUACCCGCUAUGACCGCCUCCUUCUACAGUCGAGUCUGCACCUAAUGGCAGAUGUUGUUUAUUGUCCACGCAUGAGUUGCUGUAUGGCUGUGAUGAUCGAGCCUGACGCCAACAUGGGCAUCUGUCCCUCUUGCCGAUUCGUCUUCUGCACCCUCUGCAAGCGAGUAUACCAUGGCCUCUCUCUCUGCAAAGAAGUUGAGCUUCGCAGGCUGAGGGAUGAGUACCUUGCUGCCAGUGAAAAGGAAAAGGAACGACUUGGAAAGGAGAUGGAACAACUGCUAAUUCAAAGAGCAGAGGAUGAGGCUUUAAGCGAAGACUGGGUGAUGGAUAACACUAAACUCUGCCCUUCUUGUCACGUUAACAUUCAGAAAACAAUGGGAUGUAACAAGAUGACCUGUUUUUCCUGUCAAAAGUAUUUCUGCUGGAUCUGCCUUGCAGUUCUCGACAGAAGGGACCCCUACAGCCACUUCAGAGACCCCAACUCUCCGUGCCUGGUAGACCACGACACAUAGUGGCUUUUGCUGACACGUUAAACUAAAAAAAUAUGGCAGAUGUCACGACUGUUUUUAGUUUUUGUUCAGGUCUUAUUUUGUAGUUUCUCCCAGACACGUUUCCUGGUUAUGUCAUGUGAUUCCCCUGUAGCUAAUGCAUUUCCUUUGAUAAGGUAUCGGGUCUGAUACUGUGAUCGUGUGCUCGUACUCAUUAAAAUGCUCCGAUACCAACAUUUGCUUGUGACAAAAAAAAAAAAAAAACACAGACAA